AUGGGGCCUUCCUGGCUCAUCUCAUCCCCACCUUCCCCAGAUGAAGGGCCCCCAGCCACGUUCUCCAGCGCCAAGUCAGUGUUCAGCAGAAAGGCCCGAGUGAGGAUGCAGCUCCUGAAAGAUGUGGUGGGAAAUGACACCUACCACAUCAACAACAAGUAUGAUGGCACCUACGCUCCCCUCCCGGUGGAGGACAUCAUCCGGCGUGCUGAGUACUUCAUCGACCAGGAGGUGUCCUACGAUCUACUCGGCAACAAUUGCGAGCACUUCGUGACGCUGCUCCGCUAUGGGGAGGGUGUCUCCGACCAGGCCAAGAGAGCAAUCGGUGCCAUUGGGUUUGUAACAGCUGCUGCUGGUGCCUUCUCCUUGCUGGGCUUGCUCCGGAGCAGAUCCAGAGAGAGACAGUACUGA